CUUGACGACUUGACGCCUUGACGCCGCCAUUGUGGAUCCUUCAGUAUCCCAUCCCUUGCAACUGGCAAUAGCUUUGCUCUCUGCUCUCCCUCUCUCUGUGUGUCUAUCUAUCCAUCUAUAAACAAUGAGAUCUGCUUGUUGUUAUCUCCUCCUCUUGUUAUUGGCACUGCUCAUUCCGGAACAUGAGUCCUUUCAUCUCGUCAUGAUGGGAUCUCGACGAGGCAAAGGCGGCCUCAAGAAAACUCUCAACAGUGACAGUCAAGCGACGACCCCCAAAGAAGUCAGGUCACUCAAUAAAGGAAAAGGACAAGAAAUUACAGGUGUCACUUUGCCAGCGAAUGGAAACGUCAAGGGCUGGGAAUUUGGCGAUAGCUUUACAAUGGUAUGCGCCAAUGUCAAUGACAGAUUCUAUGCUCUGGAAGGUCAAUGUCCAAGAUGCGCCUUUGAUUUGUGGAAGGGUGACUUGAUUGCCGAUGACCCUGCCUGGGAGGAUUUGCCUCGCAUUGCCUGUCCCACCUGUAUGACAACCUAUGGCAUGGUUUCUGGUAAAAGGGGACCACCGGUCAAGAGAACGGGAUUGGCAGGGUUUGUCGGAAAUUUAGCCAAAACGGCAACGGCCGAUGACUCCUCCAACGAUGCCAAAGCCUACAUUAUUACCCGAGAGGAAGAUGGCAGAGUUUACUGUCGUGAGAGAUAAGAUUGAUCGAUAGAUAGGAAGCAAACAUCCCAAAAGCAAAUUCCAACAACAAUACACAAGAUGCAUGCAACCAUGCUACAGCACCUACCGUACCUACCUUGAGGCCACCAACCAACCUGGAUUUGCAUGCAAUCAAACAGUAUUAUCCUAUUGAAUCGAUUCGAUUCGAUUCGAUUCGAUUCGGUUGUAUGAGAGUAGCGGUUGGAUCCAUUGCCUUCUGUAAACUAAAAAGACAUUGCUACUAACUAAGCCAGUCGAUAAACUACGAG